UAGUGUCUCUACCAAUAAUAACAAUAAAGAAACUCCAGUUAUUAUGGAUGUUGACCCUCUUCCGCUCAAUAAAGAAAAGGGCAAAGAAGUUUUAACAAGUGAAAUCACUCCAGUUGUUAUUUCUAACCAAAUACUCAUAAACAUCAAUGAUGCUAAUGAUACCUUAGAAAAUUUUUUGAACAAUAAGAAAAGCCCUCAAGAAAUUUCUACUAAAAAAUGA